AUGAGCGACAACGUGCAUGGAAGCGACGAGAAAUUGAAUGGAAUGACGAAGUCACAUGUCAGUACAACAUGGGGCAUGGGGCGUGCUUCUUCUGAUUUAAGCACAAGCCCAGGAAGUGUACGUCUGAUUGGAUCUUCUUUAAGCAACCAGGGGAGAGUGGAAAUUUAUCACAAUUUUGAAUGGGGCACUGUGUGCGACGAUCUCUUCGAUAUCACAGAUGCUAUUGUCGUAUGCCGUCAGCUAGGAUACUCCGGUGCUGUGUCUGUUUAUCCUAAGGCUCAUUUCGGUCAAGGGACAGGAGAAAUUUGGAUGGACAGUGUUUCCUGUAGCGGUACAGAGUCUUCACUUGGUAACUGCUCAUUUUUUGAUUGGGGUAUCACAAAUUGCGAUCACUCUGAAGACGUAGGAGUUAGUUGUUCUACACGAACUACUUCAAAUAAGUUCGGAGAUAUACGUCUAGUUGAUGGGCCUUCAUCUAAAGAAGGACGUUUAGAAAUGUUUGACGGCACACAAUGGGGUACAGUUUGUGAUGAUGGUUUCUCGGAUUCCGAAGCUCGAGUUGUGUGUCGCCAACUGGGGUAUUCCACGUCCAAUUCAAAAGCUCGCGGUAACUCGUACUACGGAUAUGCAAAGGGCCGCAUUGUUCUCGAGGACGUUGAUUGUUAUGGCGACGAGAGUCGACUAUUAUCUUGCUUUCACGACCGUCUGGGACGAUCAGACUGCUCUCACUUCGAAGACGUUGGCGUUAAAUGCAGUGAUUCAAGUUUUGCUGCGACUAUUGCUGUCGCUGUUGUUAUUCCUCUUGUUAUUAUCAGUAUUUUUAUCGUCGUGGUUGCCGUCCUGUGUCGACGUUCUAGGGCAAGGAGUAGUACAGCUACGACAGUAACGUCUGCUGGUGGUGUUCAACAACCAGUAGUUGUAGUCGCUGAGCAACAGGCAGGACUGACUGCGGGGCCUCAACCUUCUUUUCAGCCGUAUCCCUCAUCUCAGUCUUAUAAUAACUCUCAACAUUAUCCUUCACGUCAGCCUCACCCCCUACAGCAACAUUAUCUUUCACCUCAUUUUCCUAAACAGGCUAAUAAACCAGCAGUCCAGCCGCCUCCUUACGAAAUGUCGGUACAGCAUCCUACAAAAGUUGCUAUGUAUCGCCCUCCUCAGCCGUAUGGAUAUCGUCCAGAAACCGGAGACGAAUUUCCGUCUCAAAAAUGA